UUUGCAGUUUAUAGUUACUACAAUAGUUGCAUUUCAAUGUUGCGUGUGUACUGUGGGAGACUAAAUAAAGUGAAUGCAGGGUCCUGGGAGACCAGAUAUAGUGAAUGCAGGGUCCAGGGAGACCAGAUAUAGUGAAUGCAGGGUCCGGGGAGACCAGAUAUAGUGAAUGCAAGGGUCCGGGGAGACCAGAUAUAGUGAAUGCAGGGUCCUGGGAGACCAGAUAUAGUGAAUGCAGGGUCCGGGGAGACCAGAUAUAGUGAAUGCAGGGUCCGGGGAGACCAGAUAUAGUGAAUGCAGGGUCCGGGGAGACCAGAUAUAGUGAAUGCAGGGUCCGG